AGCACACACACUCGUGAACACAAAGUGGAUGUGUGACAUUCUUGUGGAGCUUGACAGCUUUUUGUGCGCACCGAGCGACAGACGGACUGGAGACAGCGUCACGGAGCGGAGGACAGCUUCCCGGGAAUCCCGUGCUUUUGUUUCGGUUCUUGCUGGGCCUGAGCUGGUUUGUCAGCCUUGUGUAGGUUUGGUUUUCACCCCCGAGCGUCCUGUGGAUAUCAGCGGACCAUGGUGGUCUGAGCAGAGGGCAGCAGGAAGGCAGCCUGGCACAGUGUGUGUUCACUCUAACGCAGCGAGACGGACCAGAGCCACGAGGACGGAAAACACAUUGGCACGCAACAUGUCUCAGAACAGAGAACUGGUGGUUUUCUACAUAAAGUAUAAACUGUCCCAGAGAAACUAUCCCCUCAACCACAUGGUGCUGAACGAGGCUCCCAACAGGACUGAUGGGGGGGAGGCCCGGCUGGGAGAGGACCAGCGGACAGAGACACACGCCAACGGGACUUUUAACGGCACGAGUCCCGGGACCCCCCCGCCGUCCCCGCGGCGGCUGGCGUCGACGGCGACCAUGGACGCAGUGAAGGAGGCCCUCCGGGACACGGCCAACGAGUUCGAGCUGCGGUACGCCCGCGCCUUCAGCGACCUGCACAGCCAGCUGCACAUCACGCCCGCCACCGCCUACCAGAGCUUCGAGAACGUCAUGGACGAGGUGUUCCGGGACGGCGUCAACUGGGGCCGCAUCGUGGGGCUGUUCGCGUUCGGCGGGGCGCUGUGCGUCGAGUGCGUGGAAAAGGAGAUGAGCCCCCUGGUGGGCAGGAUCGUAGAGUGGAUGACCGUCUACCUGGACAACCACAUUCAGGACUGGAUCCAGGGCCAGGGAGGAUGGGAGCGUUUUGCUGAGAUCUUCGGUCAGGACGCGGCGGCCGAGAGCAGGAGGUCUCAGGAGAGCUUCAAGAAGUGGCUGCUGGUGGGGAUGACGGUGGUGACGGGGGUGGUGGUGGGGUCGCUCAUCGCCCAGAAACGCCUGUGAAGAACCAGAAGCUCCUCCUCCACGUCCACAUGAAGGUCCUGUCAGAACUCUGAUGAUGUUUACUCCUGCCAGAACAAAAACAAAACGCAGACCGUGGUCGUAUUCUCGUGUUUUUCCACCGGCAGGAGAAAGACGUUGUUCUUGUUUCCUCCAUCAGUCAGUCUGUGUUCGUUUAGCGUUCUGUUUGUUU